UCUCCACUUACAGUCAGAGAUAGAGUCUGUCUACACGCAGAAGUUCACGAGUCUUUACUGUUCUUGUCCACAUCGCACAGAAAAUGGACACAAACGCUCUAUGCUUUGGUACUUGUGUGAAGUGCACAGGAGACAUUUACAGAGCAGAUCAGGCAUGUCAAGCCAUGGGAGAACUGUAUCAUGAUCGCUGCUUUACCUGCUUUACCUGCAGAUGACAUUGAUAAAGCUCCAGAGGAGACGAGACAAUACAGAUCGAUUAAAGAAAGAAAAGAAAGACAUGGCACAUUGCAGAAGGCUCACAUGAAAGACAAUCAGUCAUCAACAUCUGAUUCUGGGUGCUGGGGAUCUCACCUGAACCGAAAGAAUCUUGCAGCUGCUGUUCCAAAACUUACAUCAGAUGAUAAGGAGACACUUACAGCUUUUGCCCAAUACUUCGGAAUGAAGUUGAAGAACAAUCUUGUAUCUUUGACAAAGGAAAGGUCAUUUUCUUUGGAGAAAGCAGUGACCCCUCGUCAAACACCAAGCAAACCAUUGAAGGACACUCCAGACUCCAACACAACACCAAGUAUAGAGACCCACACACCAAAGCCCUCAAACACGUUCCCAGAUGCCAGCCUAUCUCCAGCUGUGCAGACCAACAGUGCAGAAUUUGAGGACGAGCAAUCGGAUCCAUUCCUUUCGAUCACACCGUCCAAGUCCUGGUCACCAUCCUUGAGGUCGGCACACAAGAGCGUGGAGAAGGUCCAAUUCCUUAAGCAGUCCAUGACCAAGAGGCUUUCAUCUGUGGAUAGUGGCUGGUUAGUACGCUUCCAGGUCUUCGAUGAAGUGGAGGAACCCCGGAAACCCAUCGCUGGGAAUUCUGGGAAAACUGGGAAAACCAACUAAGGAUUUUUAUAGCCUAAUUUUACAAACAAAAUGGUGUCAAAUAAAGUUCAAACAGUCCCACAAACUUCAGUGGUUGAAUUAGGGACAGAUCUAGUGAAGUCACCAGUAGGAGGCGUUGUUGGGCUGGAUAUUGAACCUGGCUCCCUGGGGCCUGCUGGUGAAUGGGUAAAUCACAGAAAUGGGCGACUACCAUGGAAGAUGCUGAGAUAGGCUCAGAGGAGGCGAGUUCUGCUGCCCACACCAAGAAAUGCAAAACAAAAGCCAGAAAAGGCCAAGAUGCUGCUAAAAUCCCAAAAGCAGGGAGUGAAAAGAAAAAGAGUCAAAAAGACAAAGAGAAGCUGAGGAUGAGGGGGAUGAAUCAGACAAGAAGGAUGGAGGUGUAAAAAAAGGACGGAUAACUAAGAAAGGAGAGGCAGCUGAGGAAGAUCAGCCCAAAAAAUGAGGAAAGAAGAAAGGAAAAGCUGAGGAGGAAGAGUUGGAGGAUACUAGGCAUAAAAAGAAAACCAAGAAAUCGCCGAUGCCUCAGGAGAAUCUAGUGGGAGAGGAGGAUGAGGAGGAGGUCAGAGCUGCUAAAUCUAGAGUAAGGAACACUGUCAGGGUCAGGUCCACCAAAAACUCAGACGAAAACUUUGUGAAAAUCAAUCUGAAGAAGUCUCAUGUAAAAUGAUUUGCUUUAAGAUGAGCUGCACUGAGGAAACAGGUCUGCCACACUGGUUGUGCUGUCCACCGGUAUGGAAAGUCUUUAUGCUACCAGCUUUCUGCAUACCUGUACGCUCAGAGGUCAAAGUGCAUCAUGCUGGUUGUGUCUCCUCUUGUGUCUCUUAUGCACGACCAGAUGUUUCGGUCUCAGAAUGUGCAGUGAUUAUUUUCGGUGAUAUUUGAAUAAAGGAAAUGUAUUGUGUUUAAUUGUAACAUUGUUUAAUGUUUGUGAAGCUCUCUGGACUCCCGCCGAAGCUGAAAGCUUCCUGUAUCCACUCAAACGUGUCUCAGAAACAGAGAGAAACGGCUAUUGAAAAGGUGAAGGCCGGUCAGGUGCAUGUUCUGCUGUUGUCUCUUGAAGCUUAAGUUGGUGGGGGUCACUCAGGGUCAGGUUGUCUGCCUCCUGCAGAUCAGCUCCCACCAGUGGCAUUUGCCUGUAUUGACGAAGCUCACUGUGUCUGAAUGGUCACACAACUUCAGACCCUGUUACUUGAGACACUGCAAGAUGAGGCUCUUGUCUUUUACAUUUUAGGACUCCAUGACAUAUGGAUAUGAUUGAAUUCACCUUUUAUUUAUGUAUAUUAUGUGUGUUGUGUAGGUGCUCAGGGAUCGGUUGGUUGUGCGUUGUCUCCUGGGUCUCACCGCCACAGCUACUCUGUCCACAGUGCUGGAUAUCGCCCGACACUUGGACAUUAGCGAUCAGGAUGGAAUCGCUGUUCGCUCUGCAGCUGUUCCACAGAAUCUCCAGCUGUCUGUUUCUAUGGACAGAGACAAAGACCAGGAGUGUUUUGAAGAGUCACAUGAAGGGCUCAAUUUAUUCCCACGCCGGCCAAUGACAACAGAGGGGGAGUCGGAGGAGUCCAUUACUGCAGAGAGAGAGAGGGGGAGAGUGACACUGGUCUGAUAAUGAGUGACGUGUGUCACAUGCAUGAGAGAGCCAUCCCCAUGCAGGAGACUGUGGAAACCCUUGACAUCACUGAAGAGAGUGUAGAAACACUGUUGUGUUACCUGGAUCUGCAUCCUCAGCAGUGGGUGGAGCCUCUCCAUCCAACUCUCUCUGUCUGCAAGCUGCAGUGCUACGGCGGACCACAACAACUGCGCACACUCACUAAACUGUAUGGUCUGUAUGGAGGCACAGGAUGGAGUGGCGUCCAUGUGGAGUUCUCAGAUCUGUCCUUCUACAUCCAUUCUUAUGGCAACCUGACGGUGGAUGAACUGUUCGCAGUUUGUGCGCUCCUGCACAGCAGGGUGAUGGCACAAGAGAGGACACAGCUGUACCAGCUGAAAACCUGUUUCACAGUGUUGUGUAUUGUAACUGCAGUCUUUAUAUGGAUGAUCUGGAUGACAGCAGAAUUCAGGCACUGAAGGAGCUGCUGCGAGAUUACUUUGAUAAGAGGAGAAAUCUGGACCUGAGCAAACACUAUCAGAAGGAAGAGGAUGAUGAAGAAGAAGCUCUCAACAAGCUCUCAAGAAGUGUGUUUUCGCUUAUUUACUCUACUGCUGUUCUGUCUAAAUAUAAGUGGGAUGUUAAAGCUGAACUCUUUAAAAAAAAUAAAUAAAAUUAUCCCCUUUUCUCCCAAUUUGGAAUAUCCAAUUCCCACUACUUAGUAGGUCCUCGUGGUGGCGCGGUUACUCACCUCAAUCUGGGUGGUGGAGGACAAGUCUCAGUUGCCUCCGCUUCUGAGACCGUCAAUCCGCGCAUCUUAUCACGUGACUCGUUGUGCAUAACACCGCAGAGACUCACAGCAUGUGGAGGCUCAUGCUACUCUCCGCGAUCCACGCACAACUUACCACACGCCCCAUUGAGAGCGAGAACCACUAAUCGCAACCACGAGGAGGUUACCCCAUGUGACUCUACCCUCCCUAGCAACCGGGCCAAUUUGGUUGCUUAGGAGACCUGGCUGGAGUCACUCAGAUUCGAACUCACAACUCCAGGGGUGGUAGUCAGCGUCAAUUAAUGUAUCAGGAUAUUGUUGUUUUUUUACAGUUGGGACAAUAGUUCAGAUUUUUACUUCCCCUGCCAAUAUCUUCAAAGGCCCCAUCACAUAAAAGUGGUUAUUUUUAUGCAGUGGUGCCAUUAAUCUAUAUAUAUAGAGAGCGAGAGAGAGAGAGUGAAACAAUAUUUCUAUUUUGCAUUAAAUUGUACAUUUUUGUUUCUUCUAGGUGUUUAAUUUCCAUAAAAGGGUUGAAAUUGUAAAGCAAUGUAUUGUAAUUCACACACACACACACACAAAAUGUUUAAUACAUCACAGAAAGCCAUAUAUGUUUAAGUUGAAGCUAUUCUUAUUGUUGAGACACGCUUGAUUCCUUUGGUGAACCAGAACCGGUACAGAACUAUACUAUACUUGUCCAAUCUGUACUGUGAUGGGCAGUAUUGUGCCCUUUUGUGUGCCCAACACAGGUAACUUGGUACAAAGCACAAAAGACUUGGUUUCUCAAUUUUGAAAGAAGAGGAAGACCACUGUAGAUCAUCUUGUUUAGAACAACUGUAAUUUAAGAUCUGUGGAGUUCAUAUUUGUUCAGAGAUCUGGGGACAAAAUUAACUGUGUUUGAUGAUCAGUAUUAAAGGGAUAGUCCAACC